AUGCCAUACUUUUCGAUCGAUACGAAUAUACCACAGGAUCGUAUUACGACUGAUUUCCUGAAGAAAGCAUCAAGUAUGGUUGCAAAAGCACUUGGAAAACCGGAAAGUUAUGUAUCAAUCCAUGCUAACGGUGGACAAGCGAUGGUAUUCGGCGGAAGUGCGGACCCAUGUGCUGUAUGCGUUUUGAAAUCAAUCGGUUGUGUUGGUCCUAAGGUCAAUAAUUCGCACGCAGAGAAAUUGUACAAACUGCUGGCUGACGAGCUAAAAAUCCCGAAGAAUCGUUGCUACAUUGAAUUUGUGGAUAUCGAUGCAUCUUCAAUGGCUUUUAAUGGAUCUACCUUCGGAUAA